CUGAAGAAGCAGAGGGAGGGAGACGAAACACUGGACGGAGACACUUGGCGAUCCGGAGUAAUCCAGAGGUUAGGCAUGGUAUGCAAGAGCGCAGAUUUUCCUAGCAAACGGCGUGUGACCCGCUUGCUGUGCUUCCUUGCAGCCGUAGCGUCUGUCCUCCUCACAGCCGCUCUCUUCCCCUCCUUUGUGCAUUCGAGAGGGAAUGCGAGUAGUUCGUUGGGAGACAUCGGGCGUGUAAAAUCUCAGUCGUCGACGGAGGUUCCAAAAGCGAGAGGGAGCCUUAGGGCAGGAAAACUGGAAGCUUCCCGAUCCUUACGACACCGAAGGCACCAAUACAGCAAAGAUGGCGGGACGCGAAGCCCUUUGAAAGCUUACCCGCAAGCACUGCUAAGUAAUCAUACAAUGAUUAGUCAGACGAAGGUCAGUGCCAGAGGGGAGAGCCGUACCACGAUUUUCCAGCAGGGUAUCAGCUCUCACGACGGAACACAGGAGCCCUGGCGAGAGAGGGGAGAGGUACCGUGGUGGGACGGCGCAGGGGAGUGUGGACGCACAGCAGGACUCCCUUCGGUAGAGAAUGUCACAGGGACCUGCGGGCGACGGGCGGCUCGGUCUGGUUACGGCCAGAGGGUCAUAUCCUUGAGUGUGUAUGGCAACAACCCUGAGUACUGGGCUGGGUUGAAGUUCAUCCUCGAAGACUCCACGAUACUGUACCCCGGGUGGAAUGUGCGCCUCCACACAGACCCGCGGGGACACGAGGCUCGCCUGUGCCCGCUCCUUCGCCGGCACCCCCACUUCAGCGUGUGCGACGUGCAGCGGCUCCCCGCGCUCGGCGACGUGCGAGACGUGAACCCGAUGCUGUGGCGGGCGGCGCCCUUGGGAGACCCGCAGGUCUCCGCGCUGACCAUCCGCGACGUGGAUUCGGCGCUGCUGCCCCGCGACGCCGAGGCGGUGCAGGAGUGGCUAGCGCUCAACAAGACGUGGCACGUCAUGAGGGACUUCGAGGGCCACGGGUUCCGCAUCCUCGGCGGCCUCUGGGGCGCCCGGUCGUGGUCUCGGCGACACGCCAAGGAACUGGCGGGGCUCAGGGACGACCUGCUGGCGCGUGGGAGAAGUCGUCCGAGGGCUUGGGGCCAAGACCAGGUUAUCCUUGCAGAAAUCCUUUGGCCGGCGAUGCAGGGAGAUCAAGUGGCCCACGACAGCUACUUCUGCCAGAUGUUCCCCGAAACACGACCCUUUCCGACGGAGAGACGCAGAGGGGAGUUCGUGGGGGCUAUAAGAUAUCGAAAGGACAGGUACUUGAUAACUGUACAGACGAGGUGCCCGAGGGAGUGCCGACCGCCAGAUCACCCGGAGUGGAUAUUUUGCUAAAAGAGAAAGGGGGAAAAAAAGUGACUUCGAAAUUGUUUUUUAUAUCUUAUGUUGCUGGACGCUGUGCUUGUGAGUUUUAACGUGGAUAAAGUCUGCCCAUGGUAGGUGGUAGCUUUCCAAAAGAAGGGGUAUCAGUGGGCAUUGGAAUUUGUAUUUUUUUUUCUUCUUUUCUUAUGUUUGAGGAUAUGUUCGUCACACACACACACACACACACACACACACACACACACACACACACACACACACACACACACACACACA